CCCACCCAUGGCCAUUUGAGGCAAAAGAGCUCUCCCUCCCCUCCCACCCUGGCCGGCGGCCGCAUUCCCCUUCCCCUCCUCUGCUCCGGCAAACAGGACAAGAUGGGUCGCGGCGGCAAGAAGCCCAGGGUGGAGUCGCCCGCCGCCGACGUCACUCUCGAUGACGACGUUCAGGAGGUCAAGGAAGAAGACGAAACCGGAGCCAUGGCGGUGGUGGCCGCCGGCAGCGCCGCCGCCCCGCGAGUGGAGAUCCUCGUCGAGUUCGACAAGUCCCUGCUGGACUGCCCCCUCUGCUCCCUGCCCCUCAAGCCUCCCGUCUUCCUGUGCCCGGCGAAGCACGCGGCGUGCGGCCCCUGCGCCGCGAACCUGGCCAGCAAGUGUCCGGCGUGCGACGGCGCGUACGAGCGCGACGAGGGGGCGUACGGCUACCUCCUGGCGGUCAGGGUGCCCUGCCCCAACCAGGCGUACGGCUGCGGGAGCUCCGUGGUGUACUGCAUGGCGGGCGACCACCGGCUGGUGUGCCCGCACGCGCCGUGCCGCUGCCCGGAGACCGGAUGCGGCUUCCUCGGCGCGCCGCCCGCUCUCCGCGUCCACCUCGCCGAGCGCCACGCGUGGCCCGUGACAAACAUCGCGUACGGCUCUGUGCUGGAGGUCCAGAUGCAGCCCGCGGAGCAGGGGCAGCGGCUGCUGGCCGCGGAGGACGGGGAGCAGCUGUUCCUGCUCGUGGCGAGCGAGCGCGGCGUCAAGGUGGUGCGCGUCACCGUGGCCGCGGACGAGGACGGCCCAUCGGCGUCAUGGUACAGGUGCAAGGUGUGGGUGCACGCGCCCGUGGACACGGACACCGGCCACAUGGACGUCCUCAUGCUGGACGCCAAGGUGGAGAGCUGCGCGGUGCCCUCCGAGGAGGCGGCCUUCGGCGCCGGUGGCAGGUACCUGCCGGUGCCGCCUGACAUGCCGUCUGACAUCCGUCUCCGCAUUGACAAGCAGGUCAAGGCGAGCAGGAGCCCCCGUUCCCGUGCCUGAGUGGCUUGCCAGCUUCGGUUCUUUAUCCCUUAUCUAUUAAGUACGUAUAUAUAUCUACCAUGGUUAGACAUUGGCGAUUUGGUAGUGAACUCUGAACUGGUGGUAGUGAUCGUCUGAUCGAAGUUUGGACCUUGGCUGGGAUUUGAUUGGUUUUGUCCAUGGCAAUGUUUCCCAAUGUAUCGCGUAGGCUAUAUACGCAACUGAUCAUACUUGGCCUGUUCA